AUGAAUGAUAUUGCAAUGAAAAAACUGUCAUUACAGUCCCCAUCACGAAGACUUCAAUUUAACUCGUUGUUUAACAUUCCACGAUUCAACCAAUAUUUGGAAAACCGGCGUAUCGAAAAACUACAAGAUCAUAAAUUGAGCCUUGAAUACAGGAUUUCCACCUUGGAGCUAUUUAUUGAUAUUGAGAAAGACAAAUGUGAACGAAUACAUAGUAGUAAGGUUUUCAUCAGUCACAUUAUCGAAGCUAUGAUGCAAGAUGUUGUAUGUCAAUCUCGUCUUUGUUUUGAGCAAUUGUUUCGUGUACCAACUAAUUCCCAUGCUGCUCCGAGACCUUCCAUCUCAGUUGCAAUGGCUUUUGUCUCUCAUAUACUAAAUGAAAUGUUGAUCAGCAAGAUGUUUGCUGAAAAUGGUAUGCUUAAUUUGGCUUUAAAGGUAUAUCAAAAAUUGAGGAGACAAGAGCAGAAUAUGUUAUGGGAUAUUGAGAAUUGUAAAGAAGACUUGAUCGUGAUGAGUAGUAAGUUGGAUCUGGUGAAAGAAAAGUUGAAAGAUUUGAUUGAUUACGGAGCAGAUACAGUGAAGGAAGGAAAACAGAAUGUUAGCAAGUUGACUAGGGCGAGACUGGUGAGAUUUGCUCUGUGUUGA